AUGUCCUCCGGCGAGAAGACGUUCCCGCAGUACGGCCCCAUCUGCGGCUGUUGCGCGCCCGUCCCUUGGUGGUCCCCUCCCGACGCGGAGGAGGCGUCCAAAGACGGCCCGAGGCGCGACGCCCCGCGGCUGCUCAAUUCGUUCACCAAGACGAAGGUGCCGUUCGUGCCGCUCGACGGCAACCGCGUCGGAUGGUACAUCUGCGGCCCGACGGUGUACGACAGCGCGCACAUGGGCCACGCGAGGAACUACGUCAACUUCGACGUCAUCCGCCGCGUGAUGACGGACUACUUCAGGUACGACGUCCGCUUCAUCAUGAACGUCACCGACAUCGACGACAAGAUCGUCAUGCGCGCGCACCUGAGGCGCUCCGAGGCCAUGAUCGCGGCGGCGGAAGCCGUGGGAGGACUCGACGCCCUCAUCGCCCCACUCAAGGCGCUGCUCGCGUCCGGGGAGAAGAACCUCGGCGAGCAGGAGGCCCUCACCGCGUCGCUGUGCGCCGCGAUCGUCGCGAAGGAUCCGACGAAAGUGGCCGAUCCCGACUGGACCGUCCAGGACGGCUACCUCGCGCUCGCGCACGCGUUCGAGGCGGAGUUCAUGGAGGACAUGCGCCUGAUGGGCGUCGCCAGGCCGGACGCCCUGACCCGCGUGUCCGAGUACACGGAGAAGAUCGUCCAGUACAUUCAGACUAUAAUCGACAGGGGAUACGCGUACGAGUCCAACGGGUCGGUGUACUUCGACGUCCCGACGUUCGAACAAUCGCCAAACCACAAGUACGCCAAGCUCAACAAGGAGGCGCUCAAGAACGUCGAGCUCGCCAUGGACGGCGAGGGUGCGCUCGCCGCGGACGCGAGCGAGAAGAGGGCGGAGAACGAUUUCGUGCUGUGGAAAGCUUCCAAACCGGGGGAGCCGCGAUGGCCGAGCCCGUGGGGCCUGGGCCGCCCCGGCUGGCACAUCGAGUGCUCCGCGAUGUGCUCCGACAUCCUCGGCGAGGCGGUGGACAUCAACGGCGGCGGGAUCGACCUCAACUUCCCGCACCACGAGAACCAGCUCGCGCAGUCCGAGGCGCACUACGACAUCAAGCAGUGGGUGAACUACUUUGUCCACACCGGCCACCUCCACAUCGACGGGCUCAAGAUGUCAAAGUCACUCAAGAACUUCAUCACCAUCCGCGCGGCGCUGAAGAUGUACACCGCCAGGCAGAUCAGGUUUUUGUUCCUCCUCCACCAGUGGUCGGAUCCCAUGGACCUGACCCCGGUCCAGGAGGGCGACGCCGUCACGGGAUUCCAGCAGAUGGAGGCGGCGGUCAUCGCGGAGAAGACGUUUGUCGAGUUUUUCCACUCGGUCAAGGGCGCGCUUCGCGGGCUCGGAUGCGCCGCGGGAUACAGCGUCGACCAGGAGCACACAUGGGGCGACGAGGAGCGCGCGCUGUCCUCCGCGAUCGACGCUGCCCGCGCGGGGGUGCACGCCGCGAUGAUCGACAACAUCAACACGCCCGCGGUUAUCAAAUCGCUCAAGGAGCUCGUCGGCGGCGUGAACAAGUACCUGGGUUCGGUGGCCGCCGACGCCGUCAGGCCGCUGCUGGUGGAGUCCGCGGCGAGGUACGUGACGAUGAUACUCGCGUGCCUCGGCGUGGCGGAGACCACCGGAGGGAUCGGUCUCGGCGACAUCGCCGGCGGCGGCGGCGAGGGGCGCGGAUCGGACUCCAAGGAGGAGGCGAUGGCGCCGGUGCUCGACCUCGUCGUCAAAUUCCGAGAUGAGAUCAGGGCGCUCGCUCGGUCCGGCGCGGACGCCAAGGCGCUCAUGCAGGCGUGCGAUCGGGUCCGCGACGUGGGGCUGCCCGAGCUCGGCGUGAAGCUCGACGAUCGCGAGGGGGGCGCGCUGUGGAAGCUGUCCACCCCGGAGGAAUUGCGCCGCGAGGCUCAGAGGGAGGCGGAGGCCAAGGCGAAGAAGGAGGAGCAGAAGAGGCGGGAGAAGGAGGAGGCGGCGAGGAAGGCCGCGGAGAAGGAGGCGCUGGCGAAGGUGUCGCCGAACGAGCUGUUCAAGCAGGGUGAGUACGCCGGACUCUACUCAAAGUACGACGAGGACGGUUUGCCGACGCACGACAAGGACGGCGAGGAGCUCGCCAAGGCCCAACGGAAGAAGCUGGCCAAGACGCAGGCUGCGCAGAAGAAGGAGCACGAUAAGUUCCUCGCCAAGGCGGCUGCGGACCAGCUGGGCAAGGCCGUCAUCUAA